AAGUUACUCACCCCCUACCCCUAGACUCUACCGAUUGUAUGUCAAGGGGAGAAUAAACCAAAAAAGUACUCAACAGAAGCCUUCUCACCGGCGACUGCCAUCGAUCUGUUGCUUCAUUCUUCUCCGACGGUCUUUUACGUCUUGUAGGUUCUGGAGGAUAUAAUAGUCUGGCAAUCUGAUCUUAUAUCAACUGCGAUAAUAUGCAGGCUAGUGACAGGUUUAAUAUCAACUCCCAACUUGAGCACCUGCAAGCUAAGUAUGUAGGAACAGGGCAUGCAGACAUGAGCAGAUUUGAGUGGGCGGUUAAUAUUCAGAGAGACAGCUAUGCGUCAUACGUUGGCCAUUAUCCCAUGCUCGCUUAUUUUGCGAUAGCGGAAAACGAGUCUAUCGGGAGAGAGCGCUACAAUUUCAUGCAGAAAAUGCUGUUGCCGUGUGGACUUCCACCAGAAAGAGAAGAGGAUUAAAGGGCGGUUUAUUCUACAUAUGUGGAGGUUUAGGCUGUGUUUAUGAGUGCAUUAUUGACUAAAUGUGACAGGAUAAUUAGUAUCUUUAUGGUAUACUGAUAUUGAUGUCUUAUGUACUGUUUCACUAUGCACUAAUGUUUUAGUUGAAAACAUGUUUUUUUCAGUGUA